CCCCUGGCUUCCGGCGGCAUUUUGAGGCGUUCCUCUUAGCGGCCUGGUGGAGUUUUCGUUGCCUUUUUUUAUUCUCCAGUCUCUUCGUUCUUUUUCUUCCUACGCCCAAUCUCAUUUGACCCUGGCGAAGCAGCAGGCCGGUUCCGCUUUUCAGCCGCCCCGGGGCCCCCUUGCUAGCCGAGGGCCGGUUCCCGGGAGCCGCGCGCGCACCUCCUUCUCUUCAUCGUCGUCCUCCCGGGGCCAGGCGCGGGGACAGAGACUUGCCUCCCUCGCUCCUCGGAGCGGAGGCGGCGGUGGCGCCUCCGGACUGCGCUUGCCAAGGGAGCUAGGGGAGGAGUAGUACAAAAUGUCAAAAAUUAGAAGAAAGGUCACAGUGGAAAAUACCAAGACCAUAUCUGAUAGCACAUCUCGAAGACCCAGUGUAUUUGAGAGGCUUGGACCCAGCACUGGCAGUACAGCAGAGACACAGUGCCGUAACUGGCUGAAGACUGGCAACUGCCUCUAUGGAAACACAUGUAGAUUCGUACAUGGCCCUUCACCUCGUGGUAAAGGUUAUAGCAGCAAUUAUAGAAGGUCACCAGAAAGACCUACAGGGGAUCUUAGAGAAAGAAUGAAGAACAAGCGCCAAGAUGUGGACACUGAGCCCCAGAAACGAAGUACAGAGGAGUCAUCCUCACCUGUUAGGAAAGAAUCUUCAAGAGGGCGACAUAGGGAGAAGGAAGACAUAAAAAUCACUAAAGAAAGAACUCCAGAAAGUGAAGAAGAAAAUGUAGAAUGGGAAACUAAUAGAGAUGAUUCUGACAAUGGAGAUAUUAAUUAUGAUUAUGUUCAUGAGUUGUCAUUGGAAAUGAAGCGUCAGAAGAUACAGAGGGAAUUAAUGAAGUUGGAGCAAGAAAACAUGGAGAAGAGAGAAGAAAUUAUCAUUAAAAAGGAGGUUUCACCAGAAGUAGUUAGAUCAAAAUUGUCUCCAUCACCUUCUUUAAGAAAGUCUAGCAAGUCUCCAAAGCGAAAAUCAAGCCCCAAGUCAUCUUCUUCAUCUAACAAGAAAGAGAGGAAGACAUCUGUAGUAUCUUCUCCCCUGUUGGACCAGCAGAGGAAUUCAAAAAGCAACCAAAGUAAAAAGAAAGGACCACGUACUCCUAGUCCACCCCCUCCUAUACCAGAAGAUAUUGCUCUGGGGAAAAAAUAUAAAGAAAAGUACAAAUUAAAAGACAGGAUAGAAGAAAAACCAAGAGAUGGAAAGGACAGAGGACGAGAUUUUGAAAGACAAAGAGAAAAAAGAGACAAGCCAAGAUCUGCUUCCCCAGCAGGACAGCAUCAUUCUCCUAUAUCUUCUAGGCAUCACUCGUCUUCCUCACAGUCGGGAUCAUCUAUUCAAAGACAUUCUCCUUCUCCCCGUCGAAAAAGAACUCCUUCACCAUCUUAUCAAAGGACGCUAACUCCACCUUUACGACGCUCUGCUUCUCCUUAUCCUUCACAUUCUUUGUCUUCUCCUCAGAGAAAGCAAAGUCCUCCAAGACAUCGCUCUCCAGUGCGAGAGAAAGGGAGGCAUGAUCAUGAACGAACUUCACAGUCUCAUGAUCGACGUCAUGAAAGGAGGGAAGAGACUAGAGGCAAAAGGGAUAGAGAAAAGGACCCAAGAGAAGAACGAGAGUAUGAACAGGAUCAGAGCUCUUCUAGAGACCACAGAGAUGACAGAGAACCUCGAGAUGGUCGAGAUCGGAGAGAUACCAGAGAUACUAGAGACCGAAGGGAACUAAGAGACUCCAGAGACAUUCGGGACUCCAGGGAGAUGAGGGAUUAUAGUAGAGAUACCAAAGAGAGCCGUGAUCCCAGAGAUUCUCGAUCCACUCGUGAUGCCCAUGAUUACCGAGACCGUGAAGGUCGAGAUACUCAUCGAAAAGAGGAUGCAUACCAGGAAGAAUCCCGGAGUUAUGGCAGAAACCAUUUGAGAGAAGAAGGUUCUCGUACUGAAAUAAGGAAUGAUUCCAGAAAUGAGUCUCGAAGUGAAAUUAGGAAUGACCGGAUAGGCAGAAGUAGGGGGAGAGGUCCAGAGUUACCUGAAAAAGGAAGUCGAGGCACAAGAGGUUCUCAAAUUGAUAGUCACAGUAGUAGCAACUAUCAUGACAGCUGGGAAACUCGAAGUAGCUAUCCUGAAAGAGACAGAUACCCUGAAAGAGACAACAGAGAUCAAGCAAGGGAUUCUUCCUUUGAGAGAAGACAUGGAGAGAGAGACCGUCGUGACAACAGAGAGAGAGCUCCUAUGUUCUACACCUCCUGCUGCCCCUAUCCUUUGCCACCAGUGUUCUCAGGUCCUGCUGGGGGGACAGAGAAGAUCAGAGAUCAAAGACCAAGCUCACCAAUUCGACAUCAGGGAAGGAAUGACGAGCUUGAGCGUGAUGAAAGAAGAGAGGAACGAAGAGUAGACAGAGUGGAUGAUAGAAGAGAUGAGAGGGCUAGAGAGAGAGAUCGAGAACGAGACAGGGAGAGGGAGAGAGAGAGGGAACGUGAACGAGAUCGGGAAAGAGAAAAAGAAAGAGAACUAGAAAGAGAGCGCGCUAGGGAACGGGAAAGAGAAAGAGAGAAAGAGAGGGACCGUGAAAGAGACAGAGAUCGUGACCAUGAUCGAGAGAGGGAAAGAGAGAGGGAGCGAGAAAGGGAAAAAGAACGGGAGCGAGAGAGAGAAGAAAGAGAGAGGGAGAGAGAAAGAGAACGAGAGAGAGAACGAGAACGGGAGCGAGAAAGAGCAAGGGAAAGAGAGAAAGAACGAGAGCGUCAGAGGGAGUGGGAAGACAAAGACAAAGGAAGAGAUGACCGCAGAGAAAAGCGAGAAGAUAUCCGGGAAGAUAGGAAUCCAAGAGAUGGACAUGAUGAGAGAAAAUCAAAGAAGCGCUAUAGAAAUGAAGGGAGUCCAAGCCCUCGGCAGUCACCAAAGCGUCGGCGUGAACAUUCUCCCGACAGUGACACCUACAACAGUGGAGAUGAUAAAAAUGAAAAACACAGACUCUUGAGCCAGGUUGUACGACCUCAAGAAUCUCGUUCUCUCAGUCCAUCACACCUUACAGAAGAUAGGCCAGGUAGAUGGAAGGAGGAGGAUCGUAAACCAGAAAGAAAAGAGAAUUCAAGGCGCUAUGAAGAGCAAGAACUCAAAGAGAAAGUUUCUUCUGUAGAUAAACAGAGAGAACAGACAGAAAUUAUGGAAAGCUCAAGAACACGUGCACAAGACAUUAUAGGACACCACCAGUCUGAAGACCGAGAUACAUCUGAUCGAGCUCAUGAUGAAAGCAAGAAAAAAGCAAAAAUUCAAAAGAAACCUAUUAAGAAAAAGAAAGAGGAUGAUGUUGGAAUAGAGAGGGGUAGCAUAGAGACAACAUCUGAAGAUGGUCAAGUAUUUUCACCAAAAAAAGGACAGAAGAAGAAAAGUGUUGAAAAAAAACGUAAAAGAUCCAAAGGUGAUUCUGAUAUUUCUGAUGAAGAAAUAGCCCAGCAAAGUAAGAAGAAAAGAGGCCCGCGGACUCCCCCUAUAACCUCUAAAGAGGAAUUGAUUGAAAUUUCCAAUGAUAAAGAUGGCACCCUAGAGGAUCUUCAGAAAAAAGAAGAUACAGCAUUCAGUGACUGGUCUGAUGAGGAUGUGCCUGACCGUACAGAAGUGACAGAACCAGAGCAUGCUGCCACUGCUGCUACUCCUGGUAGUACCCCUUCUCCUCUAUCAUCUCUUCUUCCUCCUCCGCCUCCUGUGGCUACUGCCACUGCUACAACUGCCCCUGCUAAUCUUGCCACUACUGCUGCAGCCACCUCCUUCAGCACAUCUGCCACCACCAUUUCUGCUUCUGCCACCCUCACCAAUACCACCAGUACCACUUUUGCCAAUGAAGACUCACAUAGAAAAUGCCACAGAACACGAAUGGAGAAAGUAGAGACACCUCAUGUUACUAUAGAAGAUGCACCACAUCGCAAGCCAGUGGAUCAAAAGAGGAGUAGCAGCCUUGGGAGCAAUCGGAGUAAUCGUAGUUAUACAUCUGGUCGUCUACGCUCCCCAUCCAAUGAUUCUGCCCAUCGAAGUGGGGAUGACCAAACUGGUCGAAAGAGGGUACUGCAUAGUGGCUCACGAGAUAGAGAAAAAACAAAAAGCCUGGAAAUGACAGGAGAAAGAAAAUCUAGGAUUGAUCAGUUAAAGCGUGGAGAACCCAGUCGAAGUACUUCUUCAGAUCGCCAGGAUUCAAGAAGCCAUAGUUCAAGAAGAAGUUCUCCUGAGUCAGAUCGACAGGUCCAUUCAAGAUCAGGGUCAUUUGAUAGCAGAGAUAGGCUUCAAGAACGAGAUCGCUAUGAGCAUGAUAGAGAGCGGGAGAGAGAGAGGAGAGAGUCAAGGCAGAGAGAGUGGGACCGAGACGCUGAUAAAGAUUGGCCACGAAACAGAGAUCGAGAUAGAUUGCGGGAACGAGAGAGAGAACGAGACAAAAGGAGAGAUUUGGACAGGGAAAGAGAGAGACUAAUUCCUGAUUCUAUGGAAAGGGACAGGGACAGAGACAGAACUUUUGAGAGUUCUCAAAUAGAGUCAGUGAAACGCAGUGAAGCAAAACUGGAGAGUGAACUUGAAAGAGACCUAGAAGGCACUUCCCGAGACUCUGUAGCUUUGGAUAAAGAAAGAAUGGAUAAAGAUCUGGGAUCUGUGCAGGGAUUUGAAGAUAUAAACAAAUCUGAGAGAACUGAGAGUAUGGAAGCAGGAGAUGAUGAAUCCAAGUUAGACGAUACACAUUCAUUAGGCUCUGGUGCUGGAGAAGGAUACGAGCCAAUCAGUGAUGAUGAACUAGAUGAAAUUCUGGCAGGUGAUGCAGAAAAGAGGGAGGACCAACAGGAUGAGGAAAAGAUGCCAGAUCCAUUAGAUGUGAUAGAUGUGGAUUGGUCUGGUCUUAUGCCAAAGCAUCCAAAAGAACCACGAGAGCCUGGGGCUGCACUCUUAAAAUUCACACCUGGAGCUGUAUUGCUGAGAGUUGGAAUUUCUAAAAAGUUGGCAGGUUCUGAACUCUUUACCAAAGUCAAAGAAACAUGUCGGAGACUUUUAGAAAAACCAAAAGAUGCAGACAGUCUUUUUGAACAUGAAUUGGGAGCUCUUAACAUGGCUGCAUUACUACGAAAAGAAGAAAGAGCAAGUCUUCUUAGUAAUCUUGGACCAUGUUGUAAAGCAUUAUGCUUCAGACGGGAUUCUGCAAUCCGAAAGCAACUUGUUAAAAAUGAGAAGGGUACUGUAAAACAAGCUUACACGAAUGCUCCAGUGGUAGACAAUGAAUUAUUACGAUUGAGUCUUCGGUUAUUUAAGCGGAAGACUACUUGCCAUGUUCCAGGACAUGAAAAGACUGAAGAUAAUAAACUUGCACAGUCCAGUAUCCAACAGGAACUCUGUGUGUCUUAAAACUGAAGUUCAGUAUGACAUUUUUGGUACUAUCUUCCUUCAGCAGCAGUACAUAUUCCUUUUCAAAGUUCUUUGAUUUGACAGGCAUUAUUAGUGACAAAGACAGAAAAGAUUUAUCAGCCAUGCUAAAAGAGUGAAGAAGAACUUUGAUCUUUAGAGACAUUAGUUUUGGCUAACUUCAGAUUUCACAUUAGUUUUUACACAGUACUUGAUACUCAUGCAGAAUAAUGUGAAAGCAUCUAGAUUUAGGAGUUUAUUCUGUACCUUUUGUUAAAACUGAAGAUUUUGGAAAACUGUUGUCAGUGCUCUUCCAGCCUAUGAAUAUUUUUUAUGAAACAGAGCCACUGAUUAAUGUUGUGGAUCACCUGUACAGAAACUACAAUUUUAUUCAGAAACAGUGCAUUCGUCAAAGUAAUUGCACACGUUGUGCACCACCAUGUUGUACAGAACAUUUGAAAGGGAAUGCUGGUCUAGCAUGGUAUGUUGUACCCAGAUCUCCAGCAGGAUGGAGCCACCAUAUUUUUUUUUCCUUUUGAAAGUUCUAUAAGAAUUACUUCAUGGGUAUUUGAUUUUUAAAUAUGCAUGCAUUGUUACAGUAUAUAUUGGAUGUCCUUGGAUUCUAAAUUUUUGUUUGUUUAUCA